AUGGCCGAGAUGACGCCGGCGGCACUCGAGCCGAGCAAUGUGGCGACCAUUGGCGGCGAACCGCGCCGCGAGCCGUCGCUCCGUGGUGCAUCUGUCGACGGCCGCGACGACGAGCACCGAUGUGGUGGCACCCGUCCAGAAAGUCAAGAAGGUCCGGUUCAAGAAGGACCACGACUAUGGCCCGCCACCCGAGGCGUCGACGUUCCCAGCGUACGCCGCGCGCGAUUUUUUCGGUUUGAAGUGCUGCACGAGUCGACCAAGUCGCGGGCGCGCGUCGGGCGCAUCCACACGCCGCACGGUGUCAUCGACACGCCAGGAUUUGUGCCCGUUGGCACCAACGCCGCGCUCAAAGGCGUCACGCAGCGCGAGGCUGACGCGGCGGGUGUCCAGCUCAUGUUUGCGAAUUCAUACCACCUGCUCUUGCAGCCAGGCCCGGACGUCAUUGCCGGCGCCGGUGGCUUGCACAAGUACAUGAACCGGACGCGACCGCUCAUCACCGACAGCGGCGGCUUCCAAGUGUUUUCGCUCGCGUAUGGCUCGGUGCACGAAGAGCUCACAAUGAAGGGUGCGGGCCGCAGCCACGGCGGCAAGUACCGCGACGGUCCGUCGACGGUCGCCAAGAUCAGCGAAGACGGCGUCGACUUCAAGUCGUACCGGGACGGGCGCAAGGUGACGCUCACGCCCGAGUCGAGCGUCCAGAUUCAGAAGGCGUACGGCGCCGACAUUAUCAUUCCAUUUGACGAGUUGCCGCCGUACCACAUUACGCCCGAGGCGCUUGCGCUCUCGGUCAAGCGCACGCACCGCUGGGAGGCCCGGAGUCUGCGCGAGCAUCUCAAGAACGUGCAGAAGCAAGCCAUGUAUGGUGUCAUCCACGGCGGCGUCGACUACGACCUCCGAAAGCAGAGCGUCGAGUACAUUGCGUCGUUGCCGUUUGACGGCCACGCCAUCGGCGGUAGCAUUGGCAAGAACCGCGACGAGAUGUUGGAAUUGCUGACGUACGUGACGCCGCAGCUGCCACGAGAAAAGCCCAUUCACUUGCUCGGAAUUGCGGACGAGCCGUCGCUCCACGGCUGCGUCCCGCUUGGUAUCGACACGUUCGACUCGUGCUACCCGACGCGCGCGGGCCGCCACGGCACGGUGUUUUCCAAAACCCUCGGGCGCAUCCAAGUCACGAAAGGCAAGUUUGCGUCGCACCAUGGCCCGAUCGACGAGAGCUGCAGCUGUCCCGCGUGCAAGGAGCACAGCGUGUCGUACAUCCACCACCUCUUCAAGGCGCAUGAGCCUACAGGCAUGAUGCUCGCAACGCUCCACAACCUCUACUACAUGACGUCGCUCAUGGAGAGCUUCCGUGCCGACAUUCUCGCCAAUAAGAUCUAAUCGAAACCUAACGAGAGGCGCGAUA